AUGGACUCCUCCGAAGCGCCUGGGACAACCGAACCCAAGGCUGGAUCCUCUUCUGCGAAUCACGUCAAGCUCAAGAGAGAAAAUACAGAUACCAUUGCAGAAGCUGCUGCUGUUGUCGCUGACAAUGCGGUCUCAGAUGAUGACGCUCCCACUGGACUACUUCCCACGAUGGGCCAUUCCGCGGAGGACGAAGCUAGCUUGUUGAAAGACUUGACAGAGAAUGUGCGGGACCAAGAGGAUCUAGAGAGGGAUAUCACUCACCAAGCCAACAUUGUGAUGAUUGAGCAAGAAGAUGAGAGGGAUCAGAAACGAAUAGAAAAGGUCGAAACCAAUAUUGUCAAGCUUGAAGGGCAGAAGAGGACGCAAGAGCGACGGCUGAAUACAUUGGCAAAUAAUCCGUUGAUGCGCGGACGGUGCGAAGAGGAGAUUCGCAGACUCGAUAGUGAAAUAGCGGCGUCCAAAAAAGACAUUUCGGACAUACAAGCGCGCGUGGAGGAACGACAUCAGUUCGAUGAAACCAAAGACCAGCCAGCCGACGCUGCCAGCGGUAAUAAGCGGCUGCCCAACGAGAGCCAGAGAGAUUUUCUCAUCCGUACCGGUAAAAUUACACCAUUUUCGCGCAUGCCUGUGAGAGAGUCUCGAGAGGCAAAUGGCGACCUUCGGGAGGUCUUACUAGAUGCGGAAGAAGAGGCAGUUGAGGGAGAGGAGGUAAAGCAACCGGCAGCUGGAGAUGCGGAGCCUAGGUCGCACCAGAACUUACGUCUGCCUGGAUUCGCAGACGCUCCAAUCAGCGGAACUACAACUCCUGACAGCGAAUUCUCUCUACGUCCUCGAAAGAAGAGAAAGCUAGUGUCAUCAAGUACCUCUACGCCACGAGCCCGAAAAUCUUCACCAGGAGAGGACAGCGCAGAUGAUUUUACACCUGGUGGCUCAGAUGAGGAUAUGGACGAUUUCAUUGAGGAGGAUGACGAUGAUGGAAAUCUAAUGACAUCUAGGACUGCAAAAAGGAAAGCUCCGAGCAAAGCGCAGCCGGUAGAUGAGAAAGUUGAUCUUACUGGUAUUGAUGACGGUAAUGAGAGCAUGUAUCAAGAAAGACUUAAAGCCUGGGUUGAAAAGAGAAGUGCUGCUCGUCGUCGUAAAUUACAGCAAAACCAAGGUAGCGAGGAGGAGGUGGUCGCCGAACAAGCUGAUGAAGAGGAAUGGUUCAGGCCAUGUCCAGAUGCCCCCGAUCACCAAUUUGAUAAUGAUAUAAAACUCCCCGGAGACAUAUACCCAGCUCUAUUUGACUAUCAAAAGACUGGUGUUCAAUGGCUAGGAGAAUUGUACUCGCAGUCUGUCGGGGGAAUAGUUGGUGACGAAAUGGGAUUGGGCAAGACCAUUCAGAUCAUCUCGUUCUUGGCUGGCCUACACUACAGCAAGAAAUUAACAAAGCCUAUUAUUGUUGUUGCGCCUGCCACAGUUCUGAGGCAAUGGGUUAACGAAUUCCAUCGCUGGUGGCCACCUCUUCGAGUUUCUAUCCUGCACAGUUCCGGUAGUGGCAUGCUUAACGUUGGUCGAGAAGAAAAAUACGAGGAGAUUGAUGAAAUGUAUACCGGUCAUACCACCAAGAAGCCCUCAAAAUCAUCAAGAUCUGCUCAGAAGAUCGUGGACAGGGUGGUUGAGCACGGCCACGUCCUUGUAACCACUUACGCGGGUCUCCAAACUUAUGCGGAUGUCUUAAUUCCUGUAGAAUGGGAUUAUGCUGUUCUUGACGAAGGACACAAGAUUAGAAAUCCUAAUACCGGCAUCACAAUACAUUGCAAGGAGCUGAGAACCCCGAAUCGAGUCAUCCUUUCGGGUACGCCAAUGCAGAAUAACCUCGUCGAGCUCUGGUCUCUUUUCGACUUUGUCUUCCCAAUGCGUCUAGGCACACUUGUAAAUUUCCGACAAGCCUUUGAGGUACCCAUUCGACUUGGAGGAUAUGCCAAUGCAACUAAUCUUCAAGUCUUGACAGCUACUAAAUGUGCCGAAACCUUGAAGGCUACUAUCAGUCCAUACCUUUUGCAAAGAUUGAAAGUCGACGUAGCAGCAGAUCUUCCAAAGAAGAGUGAGCAGGUCUUGUUCUGCAAGCUCACGAAACCACAGCGAGAAGCCUAUGAAAUGUUCUUGUCGUCAGACGAAAUGACUUCCAUUUUGAACCACUCCCGGAAAUCUCUAUACGGAAUCGAUAUUUUGCGCAAAAUCUGCAAUCACCCCGAUCUGCUUGAUCCCCGGUUGAGAGGAAAGCCUGGUUACAAAUGGGGAAACCCAAACAAAUCAGGCAAGAUGCAAGUUGUGAAGGCUCUCGUACAGAUGUGGAAAAAUAUGGGACACAAAACUUUGCUUUUCAGCCAAGGAGUUCAGAUGUUGAACAUCAUCGAGGAAUUUAUUAAAAGCCUGGAUGGUUUCAACUAUCUGCGAAUGGAUGGUGGCACCAAUGUCAAGGAUCGGCAAACACUUGUGGAUCGCUUCAACAAUGAUCCGGAUAUGCAUAUAUUCUUACUUACUACGAAAGUAGGAGGUCUUGGAGUCAAUCUCACUGGAGCCAACCGUGUUAUCAUUUUCGAUCCUGACUGGAAUCCUUCCACGGAUGUACAAGCUCGCGAGCGUGCUUGGCGGCUGGGACAGAAAAAGGAGGUCACCAUAUUUCGCCUGAUGACAGCUGGUACAAUCGAGGAAAAGAUUUAUCAUCGACAAAUUUUCAAACAGUUUUUGACGAAUAAGAUAUUAAAAGAUCCAAAGCAGCGGCAGACAUUUCAAAUGAAAGACUUAUACGACUUGUUCAGUCUUGGUAGCACAGAAGACGGCACAACUGAGACCGGCGAGAUGUUCAAAGGGACUGAGGUUCAGUUUAACCAGACUUCUGAUAAUGUUACCGCAGAUGCAGCCAAUAAUGCAAACCCGCCGGUAGCUGUCAAGAAAGAAGCACAUGGAGAUGACGAGAUUCUAAGAUUCGACGGCGUUUCAAGUCUCGAGGCCUUUAGGGGUGAUCCAGACGAAGACAAGCCCGCCGACAGUGAAUCUCGACUCAUGGAAGGCAUCUUUGCAAAUUCCGGUGUUCACAGCGCUCUUGAGCAUGACCAGAUCAUCAACGGGAAGAAGAAGAUAUCUGCUGAUCGCGGCAUGUUGGAGCGAGAAGCAAAGAAGAUUGCCGCGGAAGCAGCUCAACAACUUCGUAGAGCCGGUGAGACUGCACGUUCUGUCGCUCCUGGCACUGUCACUUGGACUGGCGAAUUUGGUUCCGCUGGUAGACCGGCCAAUCUCCGUAGAGGGGCAGGUCCUGGAUCAAACGGGAUUUUGUCUGGUCUGGCAAACAGACAGGGAAUCUCAAACAAUGCAAGUGCAAGUAGUUCUCGAUCGGGAACGCCAGGCGCCACCGAGCGAGCACCAAGAGGCAAGGACUUUAUGAAGUUGAUCCAAACAUUCAUCCGUACGCAUGGUGGGAAAGUCCCAACUGCGAUGUUAGUUAAUCAUUUUAACAACAUGUGUAAGACGCCUCAGCAGUCUACGGAGUUUAAGCAUAUGCUUAGGGAGAUUGCUGUGCUUGAGGAGGGGCCUGGACGGAUGAUGAGGGCAAAAUGGGUGUUGAAACCUGAAUUUAAAUGA